AUGAAGAAGGCGCCAACACCUGUCGAACUGGAGCUGGCGGCGGAGGCCGAACUGGCGAGACUCCAAAGACAGUAUCGCGACAUGGAGAAUGAACGCAAUGCAUUCUUUCAUGGUGCUUUGCCAGGUUCGAAGGCCAGGGUUAUAGAAGUCCUUAAAGAAGAAAGCAAGGAUUUGGAUUUGACCCUAGCUGUGGCCAACAGUGCUCAAAAUCAACGCAAGGACGAACGUGUCAGCGAACAUCUGACUGAAUUAUUGGAGCGUUACGAUCGCUAUGACAACGAUAUAAAAUGUGGUCGUGUUGAAAUAUCUGAAUUAGAAGAACAGAUCAAGCAAGUUCAACGCCAAAUCAUUGCAAUGAGUAAAUUCCAAGUAACAGAUGCUCAGUAUCAAAAGAAACUCGAUGAUACUGCCAAAGCGGUCACAAAAUUCGAAAAUCAACUAGAUACCGAAAUAAAGAAGUUUAACAAUGUGAUGGCAGACAAUUCACGUUUGCGCUCCGAGAUUCAGCACAUGCUAUUGCAACGAGCUCAAUUCAAUCGUCUGUGGAAUCAUUUAAUUAUGAAUCUUACCCGAGGUAAACGUUUUAUGCUCGACCUUAUAGAGCAAGCCACAAUGGCUUACGAUCAACGAGAAGAAUUGUGCCAGAAAUUAGAAGCUCUUAAGAAACGAGGUGCUCAGGAUUUAGCAAUGCACACUUGGGAAAUGCGAAAUCUGCAACGUAAGCUAAAUCACGGAUCAAAACUGCAAGAAUAUUUAGGAGUAAAAGGGCAACGCCGUAUUCUGUUAGAUUUAGAGCAACGAGAUGAAGCCAAACGCAAGGCCGAACUCGAAUUUAAAGAAAAUCAGCUAAAUCAAUACAAAGAUUUAUUGCAACGUAUAACAGAAUUCUGUGGCGAAGAAGACAUCGAAAGGUUAGCAGUACAGUUUAAAAGACAAGAGGCUGAUAAUUUUUCGCUCUUCUCAUAUAUUACGGAGUUGAAUCGAGAAAUCGAUGGUAUCACUGACCGAAUUUUGAAAUUGAAAUCUGAUGUCGAUGCAGAACGAGAUCUUACAGCUUGGCGUAAGGAACACGAGAUUCAACGCAUAUUGGAACUAGAAGCUAAAUUAGAAGAUACCAGAAUUGAAGCUGACAAAGAAGAGAAACGCAUGAAUGAAUAUCAGGACCAGUUAGGAGUUCUAUUGAAUGGAGUUAAAGAAAUAUUUACCAUGAUCGAAACGAAUGAUGAACCUAUAAUGUGUCUACUUGGUGAUACCACAGAAGUCACAUUAAAUAAUGUUAUGCUUUACUUAAAAUUGAUCGAAUGCAGAACGAAUGAAAUAAUGCAGAUGGUUUACUUUAUUGAAAAUGGUGGAGCCGAUUUACCGGAAUUCCAAUUAUUAAAAGUCGACGAAUCAUCGGAAGUCGUUUCCGCAUCUUAUGAAAAUGUUAAUAUUGAAGAAUUAGAUGGGGAAGAGGAUGUAUACGCUGAAGAAGAAUUAGGUGAUAUAGGAGGUUACCAAAUUGAAGAACCGCCCGCUGCAGAUGAUGAAACGGCAGAAGCCGUUCAAGGUCUUGAGGUCGAUUUAGGAGAACAACUUGGUGAAGAAGAAGAACAUGCUAAAGAAGAAGACGAAGCCUUAGGUUUGGCGGACGUAAACAUUGGACAUUCUACCGAAAUUCUUCGGGUUACGUAUGGGGAUGAGGAGAAAAAGCGUAAAAUAAUUCGCGAAGCAGUACGACCGCGUCUAAGACCUGAGCCAGUAGACCGACUUACAUACACUCAACCUUGCCCGCUUUGUGUUGAAGCAGAAGAAAUAGAUUUCUCGCGUCUAGAAGAAGAAGUUCAACCAUAUACAAGGGAGGAAAUCAAAGAAAAACUUAAGGAACGUAUGCAGCUACCCGAUAUAGCGAAUAGGUUGCAUAAUGUGAGCAACUGCAAGUUGCCUGAUUCUAGAAAAGUGUUACAGAAGAGAUAUCAAACCACAUAG